AUGCCACGCCGGUACAACCCAAUCAUCAACCCAACUCACUCGCGGCCAGCGUUCGUGGAAGAACAUAUGGAAGAUCAACAACACAUCCUCUUUUCGCGUCCCCUUCUCGGAGCUCUCCUGUUCGAGAACACCAGCUCCGAUGCCCGUGAUCACUGUGCAAAUGAGCGCACCUUCUUGUCAUGGCUGCGUCUCUCGAUGUAUCUGGCCAUUGUCGCACUAGCCAUCAUCAUCUCUUUCCACUUUCGGGAGCAACCGUCCGGUCUCGAGCGCCGCAUGUCUUUGCCACUGGGGAUCAUUUUCUGGUUACUGAGUCUCGUCUGUCUCGCCAAUGGCUUCUUCAACUAUGCCCGCACGGUGAUGAAGUAUAGUCGAAAAGCGGCGCUCGUUCAGAGUGGAUGGAAGACCCAGGUGGUCAUCACCAUCAUCGGGACCGCAAUCUUGGGGAGCUGUAUUCUCUUCCUGUCCACGAGCCGGCGGGCCUGA